GUUGUAAAGGCAAUGAUCUUAGCGGACAAACACCUCAUCUAUAUGGGUGAUGAUGGAAAGGAAUAUACCCUAUCGAACGUAACCCAUAACCUAGGGGCCUAUCUCAAGACAACAGAUGCUGUACUGAGAGAAAUUGCUAACUCAACCAAACCGGAAAUGCGUGAGGCUCAAAAAAUUUUGGAAGCUAUUGAACAAAGAAAAAUUCCCGCAAUGAUUGCUGAAGUUGAAUGUGGACCGUCAUAUGCUGAGACUAUCAAUUUUUGA